AUGAUUUCCAAUUCCUUCCUUUUCCUUAGCAUCGUCCUUGCAUCGCUGUUGCCAGCUGCUUCCGCUGUAUCGGAGUACCAUGAACAAUUAGUCCUACGACCUCUACCUCCGUCCUCUCUUUUAGCAUCGUUUAACUUUCGCAGCAAUACGUCAAUAGAAGCCUUCGAGCAUCAGAAUUUCCGCUAUUUCCCAAGAUCAUUAGGCCAGAUACUCCAGCAUGCGAGCACGAAUGAGCUACAUUUGAGAUUCACGACAGGGCGAUGGGAUGCAGAGAGUUGGGGCGAGCGUCCGUGGCAGGGCUUUAAAGAAGGCGGCACUGGUGUCGAAUUGUGGGCAUGGAUAGAUGCGGAUACCGAUGUUGCAGCGUAUGCCAAAUGGGUUACUCUUACCCAAUCCCUUUCCGGACUAUUUUGCGCGUCCUUGAACUUCAUUGAUUCCACUCGAACGACUCGACCUGUAGUGACGUUUGAGCCCGUGGGAAACCACUCAUCGGGACAUCUACAUCUGCUACAUGGAACACUACCAGGAGAGGUGGUGUGCACGGAGAACCUGACACCAUUCUUGAAACUUCUGCCCUGCAAAGGGAAAGCGGGCAUAGCUAGCCUUCUUGAUGGCCAUAGGCUGUUUGAUGCCUCUUGGCAAAGCAUGGCAAUUGAUGUCCGACCCACUUGUCCUGAGGAUGCAGAUAGGUGCCAUGUUGAGAUAGAGCAGACCGUAGAUAUGGUGUUAGACGUGGAAAGAUCGAAAAGACCCAGAGAUAAUCCUAUUCCACGUCCUGUCCCUGUUGAGCAAUUAGUUUGCGAUGAAUCCAAACCAUAUAACUCUCAUGACACUUGCUACCCGGUUGGCAACAGCGCAAAUCAAGGCUGGCGACUAUCAGAAGUCUUUGGACGUAACAUGCCGGGUGCAUGCCCACUUACAGAAGAAGAAGAAAAGAAAAGAAAAGACGUGUGUAUCAAGAUCCCGAACGAUAGGGAGGUAUUAGUAACUGCGGGGGCAAUCGAGAGGAUGGAUCCUGAUGGCCUUUCCCGCUGUUACUCCCUCCUUGAUGAUUUUCCAUUUGAUCUAGUUCUACCGUCUACGUCACUAGAUCCCGGAAUACCCUUGGAACAACCUAUUCUUCAAGCAGAAAGGACCAUAAUAGGCCACGGGCAAGAAAGAGGUGGCAUGCGAUCAAUCUUAACCAACCCCUCCAAAACCAAUCCUGUCGAGUUCAUCUAUUUCGAGACUCUUCCCUGGUUCAUGCGCCCAUAUGUACAUACCCUACAACCUAAAGUGACCAGCCAAAAUGGGACGGUCAUCCAGAUCCCACCCUCAGAGAUAAUCAAAGAAAUCUUCUACCGCCCGGCCCUCGAUCGGGAGCGCGGCACGCAACUAGAACUCAUUCUCUCAGUGCCGCCCACCUCAACUGUAACGUUGACGUACGACUUCGAAAAGGCCAUCCUCCGCUAUACUGAAUACCCACCUGACGCCAACCGAGGAUUCAACGUAGCUCCGGCAGUUAUCAGAUUGCUUGGGACUAGCGACAAUGAUAAGAACCAGACAAAGGAAAAUUACUCACAGCCACCAAUAUACCUGCGCACCACCGGCCUGCUCUUGCCUCUCCCUACCCCCGAUUUCAGCAUGCCGUACAACGUGAUCAUAUUGACGAGUUCGGUCAUGGCGCUGGCGUUCGGGAGCAUUUUCAAUGUUCUUGUUCGUCGCCUUGUUGCUGCCGAGGAGGCACCGGAGAGUGGGAUCAAAGCGAAGAUUUUGGGCAGGGUCGUUGCCGUAAGGGAUAAGUUGAAGGGGAAGGCCGAUAAGACGGAGUAA